UGCUCUAUCCAUAUCAAUAUACUUUUCAAGAGAAGGCUACGAAAGCGUCCUCAUUUCUUGUUAAUUAGCUUGGCUUUCGCUGAUCUCUUGGUUGGAUUAAUUCCAAUGCCACUUUUCAUCAUGAACCAAGCAAACUUACUGCCACCUACUGCUUUUUGGGUUUAUCUGUGCGUGGAUAUGAUUACAGGCUUAAGCUCGGUCUUCACCCUGACGGCUAUUUCCCUAGAAAGACUACACGCCAUUGCUCGCCCUCUUCGCCAUCGACAACUCACCUUACGCAGCUAUGCGAUUGCCAUAGCAACCCCAUGGAUCUUCUCCCUGUCGUUAUCUUAUUUGCUCUCAGUUUUUUCCGUUAUAACCUCCCUUCAGUUCAGUUGUGUGAUAACUAUUAGCUUGUCAACACCUUUGUUGAUAACUUGCAUUUCCUAUUGCAUCAUUUGGAGGAAGCAAUCUUCUAGAAUUCCCAGUGAAGCUCAAGCAAGAAAGAAUGUUCACUUAAAUAAGACGCUGCUAUUGAUAACCGCAAUAUUUGUUCUCUCUUGGCUGCCUUUCCACGUUUCAAAUAUUGUAGACAAUUUCUGUGCUUCAUGUGAAAUCUUUCGGGUGGUAUAUGUUAUGAAGUUCCUUCACUAUAGCAAUUCGUUUAUGAAUUUUCUAGUUUAUUGUUUUAGAAUGCCAGAUUACAGAAAAGCGCUUUCACGAAUGCUUCAUAAAUGUAGAUGCAGUCGUUGAAGAGUCGUCCAGUCUCUUAUCCGGUGGUCGACAGUGAAGCAGGUGCCUUAAUUUUCAAGCAAUUAGUAUUUGUAAAAUACGAUACGUAUGUUUUAAGCACUUAGUCGUGCGAAAGAAAUGAAGGGAGUUUUAGAAAAAUAUAUUUCCAGUAUUGUCCAACAAGUAGUUUUUCUGGCAUUAAAAUAAAAGUUCAGCUUGCACUGAGGAGAACCUGUGUUUCCCUUGCUAUUGAGUCUGCUUUACAAGUCAGAUAGACAUUGGAAAUUUACAGUCAAUUUUAUCGUGGUUUCAUUGAUUGUCAGCGUGAGAGAACGAACUUGCGCUUUAAUGUCAAAUGUUAACGAAAUAGCAAAAUCAUCAAACAUUGCCAUCCGAGUAUGAACUUUCAAUACGGAUUUCCACUAAGAGGUCAUGUGACAUCGCUUUUAAAUUAUGAAAAUGAAAGUUAUAUGAUUUUCCUUCGAAAAACGAUUAGUAGGUCAUAUAUUAAACAAAAUAAUAGUGAUUUGGUUUUCAAACCCGCACCAGUUUCUUAAAAUGAGUAAGAUCGUAGCUGAUCACGUGACCAAAAUGUGAUUUUUAAAAUUAUGAAUUACCUCUUUCUUAACACAAAUUUUUCAAUUAAACUUCAAGAAAAAUGUUGAAACUAUGAUUUGGUAACAUUUACAACACAACUGAGCGUAACUAUCAAACGUUUAACAAGAUAUAAACAAAAAGUAGUUUUGGCCGUCAUGUCGGAGGGCAACAGUAUGCCUUCCAACAUGGCGGCCAAUGGAAAUAUACUACUUUGUUGAAAAAUCAAAGUGCCAUAAAAUAUGUCCCUUAAAUUAGUUUACUCUCAAAUUUCGGGUGUAAGAUAACUUUUAUGUGCUCUGUCAAGUUUUGGCAUCAGCAAGAUUCCAACUCAUUGUUUAAAGGAAGCAUUGGUCACGUAGCCUCUUAGUUAAAGAAUCUUCAAAACGUCUGAGAACUCAAACAAGCCUAUUACCCUGUGUUAACACGGAACGCUUUAAAUCUAGUUUUAUUAAUAGACUUUAAAUAUACUUUUACUUUUUAAUAUUGAACAUGAAAUAUAGGUAUGUAUUUUUAAUUGUAUAUUCAAUAAAAACAUUUAUUACUAUUAUUAUUAUUAUUAUUAUUCAAAGACAUUUAUUAGUGCAAGUGGCCUAUUAUUAUUCUUUGUGAGUGGUAUUUUAAAUUACGUUAAUUCUCAAAUUAAAUAUUUUGUUCUAGAAAUUUAUCGGUAAAUUUACAGGUAAAAAUCGUAUCAGUAUGGUCUUUUCUCCUCAUGUCUCUUUCUGCUGGAGUCUGAACUUUUUGACAAAGCCAUCCGUUUCGUUGAAGUUUGGAUCUUUUCGCGCGGUGACGCGUUUUCUUUUUGAUAGGUGUGACAACCUUUGUAACUUUAUCUUUGCCUUUUUUUACUUCAGUACACAACUGGACGGUUGCUCGGCCUUAUAGACCUUGUCACGGUUUUGGAAGCCAUCUUGACGAGUAGGCAACCACGCGAGAAAUUACAGCGUUUGUAUGAGAAUCUAAUGUCGAAUAAUUUCCGCUUGAAAACGCCUGUUCUGAAAAAAAAAAAAUGAAUUGUAAACUAAGGCCACACAACAAAGAAUUUUAAUUAUUUCACCACCCUGUUGAAGAUAAAAGACCUUUUUCCAUCAUUCCGAUUCAUUUCAUUGUUGAAAGCUAAAUGGUAGAAUAUCAUUAUUUUUCGACAAUAAAUGUUCACUACACAUGUAAACCGUUUACCGCCAACGUUCACCCGCCCAAUUCAAGCCUUCAGUCCAGAAAUACAUUUUGUUCAAGUUAAAUAGUCACAUGUUAAUCAGUGUUAAACCAAAUUUUAAAAUCUAGAGCUAUUUUAAAAUUUUCACAGCUUGAAAGAGCUUAAGUUAUAUCUGGAGUAUUUUACAGAAAGUUUGCGUUUGCGAUAUGCAUAUCGUUCUUGUAAUUUAAGAAAAAGAUCAUCUUUUGUUUGAUAUCUCAGCUGGAAAAUUGCCUAAUAACUGAUGGAUAUUCCUUUCGUGUUGCCAUGAAUGCAUUUAUGCGUUCUUGACUAAGCUACGGAUUAAUAUCACUGAUAAUUGGCCGUAUUCUUUUUUUAACACAAUAAAGGAACAAAGCUAAUGGGAGGGGUCUAACAAUUAUGAUGAGUUUAAUACUUGGUAUUAAGACUACAAAGAUAGUUGCAUGGCAAUUGCUUAAUUAAGAAAUCGUAUAAAAAUGUCUCAAAAUCACUAUUUUUAACUGUCAGUUACAUGAGAAAAUGACGUUUAAGUGCUGAAAUACACGAAACGUUCUUAUUAUUAACAGUUAAAUCCAUGAGAAAAAGUCAAGUUUCAAAACUUAAACUUCCUGUUUUUGUAUUUACAGCCCUAAACUAUAAUUCUUCUGGUCCAACUGCAUUUCUGCAAGAUUUAAACAGUGACUUAAAAGUUAAAGAAAACCGUUUAAUGUUGUCUUUAAAGACACCAACAAUGUACAUAAGCCUGCGAAUGCAUCCGCUUUUCAUUGCUCCUUGCCUCGCAAUCAACCUGUCACCUUCUUUAAAAUGUUCUUUGUUUUUAAUCAUAAACUUCCCUGUUCUAGCUUUCAAUAAACAAAACUGAAAUGUCAUGAACAAGACGUUACCUGGAACCGACAACUAUUCGGAGAAGAAAAUUUGCUUUAUAACCGUUGCUUAUGUACGUUCAAGGCAUAAGAAAAAUGACAUUUACGUAUAAAAUACAUUAUUAUAAUGUUUUUAUCAACAUAUAUCAAUGGGAUGAGUCACGUUUAUUUCAAAUCCUAGACUUUCCUUUCUUACAGUAAGCCAAAUUUUGUGUCACAUUUGCCGAUUUAAAGUCCAAAGGCUGUUUGGGUUUCCCUGCAAGAUUUAAGGAGUGACUAGUAUAAGAAAGGCAUAAGCGCCGAUCUGUCACAUAAACGGACGUACUGGUGAGGUGUGUAUACGUUGAAACCUUAUUUUAACGCGUUUUAUUUGUAACACAAGCGGUGCUUUGUGGUGAACGGAGAAGUUUACAAUAAGUCACUAAGGAAGUGAACGAGGAAAAUAAUGUAGUUCAUUUUUCGAUUUUUUCAGCUUAGGUGCCACCAUUUCAGAAAGGCUCAAAGACCCAAUAUUUUAAACCCUAAGAGUGAUCAGCAUCAAAUUUCUGCUUGUAAUAUCAAUGCUUUGUAAAACAGAGUGGUCCUGAGAAUUACGGACAUGAUCACACAUGAUGAAUUUGCUCGAUAUUUUAUCAACUUCUCUCCACUACUUCUGCACCCGGUAGGAAACGAAUAGGGGUAACAAAUGAGAAUUGACCUUAGGGUUUAAAGGGUUUUAAAACAGCUUCCUUUCAUGCAAUGAUACUUUUCUAUGUUUAGACCAUGUUUGAUCCCAUUUCUUCUCAAACUCAUUAAUAAUUCAUAAAGAAAACUCAAAGGAAAUUAAUGUUUAAUGAGUGUUUGGAUAUCGGAUGAAAAACUGCUCAUUUUUGCAUCCUUAAUUUCUCCUUCAAAAAUGAUUUUGUUUGAGAAGAAAUAUCAAACAUUCGACACAGUGUGUCAUCACCAGAUGAAACACCUCGAAGUUCGUCAAAAAUACUCCGCUACGCGUCGUAUUUUCAACUCUCUUCUCGGUGUUUCAUCUGGUGAUGAAACACUGCGUCUCAUGUUUGAUAUAUUACAUCAAAGAGUACAGAUUCUCCCGCGGGAAUCCACAUGCUUUAUCAAGUUGGCUAGACUGGAUAUUUUUAGGGCGCAUUUAGCUGUGACGAAGUUAUCGUCAUAAAAUUUUCUUUUCUAAUUCGAUGGCUGAAUAACUUUGCAAAGAAGGACAGACAUCUUUCGGCAUUAAUACGAAAUAUAUUCCGAUUUCAUUGAUGGUAAAUACAUUUUUCUAGAUUAGCGCUUAAAAGGACUCUACUUUUCAAAGAAAAUCGCGCCUAGUAAACUGAAUUUUGCUGAUAUUUUUUUACUGAAAUUUCUGGUAUCGGCCAGUUAAUUGAUAUAAUAAAUAUGCCAGAGGAAUUUCAGAAAAAUCGUUGGAGCAGAAGUCCGUAACUUAAAGUCGCUCAAAAUCGAGCUGUGAAAUUGUUUUGGAAUUUCAAAAAUAAAUUGCUAUCAGGUAGAAGGAGCCACCAGUUCGAAUUUUCGGGACAAGUAAAUUUAAUGUUUGCUAAUUCUUAAACAAAAGCUGAUUGCCUCAGUCGUGCUAUUCUUUAAAAGGUAUUUUUUAGUUUUAGAAGCACUAUAAAUUGCUCCAAACUUUGCUCUGGAGUAGAAUUACUUCCUCGACAUUUUUAAAAUAUUCCUUUGCAGUUUUGGCUCAAACUCCUGCUGUAAACAUAUUGGAUGUAUUGCAAAGCAUUUUCAACGACUUUUACUGCUUUUCGUUGCUUCCAACUCGGUAAAGAGGUAUUGACAUUGGACGCAACCUAAUAUCAGAGCUCAGAUAGAACUUUCCAGCAUAUUGUUUAUGACUACAAAAUGAGCACGAGUGGCAGUUCUGCAAAGAAUUCGCACGUCACCCAGGGGGGACGAACGACAAUGAUGCCCAUGCCUGUGAACCGAAUUAAGAGGCAGUCUCCCUAAAAGCGUUCCACUCGAUUUUGGACUCGCUAAAACUUUUGCCUCAUAUUUUUAUCAUCAACACUGCUAUCCAUCCUAAUAACGAAACUGCAGUUACAAUGAGGAAAUUGUUUAUUUUACUGCCAUUCCCAGCAUUUCAUUGCUGGACGACCGUUAGCGGCUAAAAUAUGCAAAUUUUAGAUGCCCUUUUACAGGUUUUUUAACGAUCGUUUAAAAGUACUUCGGGUCAUCAAAUCCUAGACUAUUGCACUCAUUUGGAAACAUAUUACUUCUUCUUACUGUUCCAAUACCAUUUAGGCAUUAUCUUUCUGUAAUCAGCAAAAACUGGUCGUCUUUAUUUCACUAACCCAAUUAAGAAAGCAAGAUGCACGAAUAAAUGCCUCAAAAACAUCUCAAAAUUCUCAAAAGUGGCACUUAAACUAGAACUAAAAACAUGUUUUAGUUAAAGAUUAAUAGCUAUUUUGUCAAGUUAUGCAAUAAAACUUGUGGCACAACGCGAUUCAGAAUUGAAGGAUUCGACUUAAAUUUGCAUAUUGAUGCUGAAUUCGCAUUGCGUGACACGGGCCGCAGUGACAGUAAAAAAAUUCUUCGUGAUCCUACAAAUUACAUUUUUCUGUUUUUUUUUUUUUUUUUUUUUUUACUUUAUCAACAAGAAAAAUCGUAAAUAGAUUAAGCUUAUAGAAGUUUAAGUUUACUUUUCCACUGACCUUCGUAUUAAUAGUCUCGGCCGGCCGUCCUUUGUUCGACUCCCAGUAGUUGCCCUUCUUAUUAGUAGAGUGGGUCAGGAAAAAUACGCAUUUCUCCCUACCCCACCCCUUCGCCCUUUUCUUACUGGCAUCCCUCGGAGGGUCGCCCCCACAGUCUGAACGUCUGGAAGAGGCUAUUCGACAUACUUCAAUCGCGUUCUAACGAACAUUUUUGUUUUACAGAUAACAUUAACGAGAACAAUGCUUCUCCUGUCUAGUGACAGGUGGAAGUAUUUAUAUUUUGCAGCGAGAAGGUCCUUCACACAUUGGCACGAUGGUACACGGUAGUCGUUAAAGAAAAAUAAAGAAAAUGUGGACUGGAGUUCAAAGAAGUAAAAUCAACAAUCCGCUAAUUACGUCUACGCCAUAAUAAGUCUCGUACUUAUAAAUUCUUAUCAAGUAAAUUGUUUUUUGCCCUUAAAAAAGUGAAAUCAGCUGUGAAAUGUACAUUGAAUUAAGUUAGUGUCCUGACACCUUUAGGAAUUUGAUAUUAGUAUAAAUUCUAAGAUGUAUAAAUCUACCGGCCUUCGAUCACAAAUCUGAUUGUCUAUAUACAGUGCUAGUGCUAUGCUGGUAAUGCUGUACUCUAUCAAUUUCGUGAUGGACAGUGAGUGAAGUGACUGAGUAGCCUGGGGUAGCCUGACAGUGUUCGUUUGUAACCUGUUUAUACCACCACCGAAUAAAACCGUUAGCCUUUCAAGUUGUUACGCUUUGAACGACUAGGGGGUUUAUAUUUGACUGUUUUAGGGAAAUUUGUACCAGAUCUUUGUUUACUCGCAUGCAAUCUCGCUCGUUUUUUGUUUUAGUAUUUUUUUCAUAAGAUUUGUGAAGUAUUUGCGGUCUUUACAUUCUUUGUCAUAGCAUCUCGGUAUGCAGACAUAUAAAAGCAAUAACAUCCUCUCUGAGUGGCUCAACAACAUUGUCCGCGGUAGGCUGGUGCAUCAAAUGAGCGCCGCACUGGAGUCGCAAAAACGAAAUGAUAAACGCGGUGGCGCUUAAUUUGGUAAAAUCGAUAUCAAUAUGAAUUUGGAUCCACACGGAGGGUCCAAAGGCCGAUUUUUAAAAAUGUGAUCCUAGAUCCUUCAGCUGUUGUUCAGAUGUAUGUAUUUUUACAUCAUUAACGUGGGAGAAUGCAAGCGUCUGUAAGAACAGGGUAAUAACCGCUAACAAGACGUAAAAACAGUGUAGGGGUCUCGACCGGGAGAAAUGUUCAUGCUGGGGAACCUUCGACAAUGCCGGGUUCAGACUUCACGUCAGUUCUCACCUCUACUGAUUGUUCGAAUUCAGAGGUUUUUGUCCACGUUGGGCUUCAAUAGAAAAUUCUGUCGGUGAAGUCCAUGGUACCAAACAAUUGUCAUGAGUACUCUCAGUAAUAUGCCUAAAGGUAGGUAAUCACCAUUUUGGCAAUUUAACUCCGACUCCAAAUUAGGUUUAGAUAUGCGCUUAUCACUUUCUGUUUCACGCGUGUAUCUCGUGAUAUUCAAAUCCGUCAGCUCAUAAAUAAAUGAUAUCAAAUGUGCAAGUGCAUCAGCUGACUGUGUAACUUUAUGCCAUACUGCAACACUGAUUAAUAUCAGGAUAUUUGACUUAAAGCCACUUCCUACUUUUCUCCAUAACUUCAUUAUGUUUGGAUCUUCACUUCCCGCAUAAUUCUAAAUAAAAAAAUUGCGCGGACUACUGAGUUUAUAAUUGUCUGAACUUGAAAUUACGAUUAUGACAAUACCCAUUGGCCCUUUUGUCGUUAUCUUAUCACAGAUAAAGGAACUAGUGAUAAGGAUAUUAGCAAUGAUUUUAUGACUUUAUACGUACGUGAUCCCAUCCUUUAAAAUAGAUGGUAUACGAUCUUAGCAAUCUCCACACCAAUUACAUGCCUGUCCUUGGUCCUAAUGUUCCUUUCCUUGUCCUCUAUACGAGGUGUCCGCCAAAAACGUCCGAGUUUAUAUGCCGAUAUUUGUGGGUAAUCCCCGGGAGGACUUCCAUAUAAAAGUGAAGGGCUGCUCGUCGGAAAAUUAAUAAUUUAUUAUUUAAACCCCUAAGGGAGGCCAAGGUGGGUGUGGCUCAAGCUUAAACUGACCCCUAAAGGAGAUUUCUGUGAGGUCAGCGUCACCGCGUUUUUUUUGGCAAAUUUCUUUAUGCACAGCCUUAAGCGAUACCUGAAUGAGCAUAUUUAGGUACUUUCCGUCCCAAACAACCGAAGUGAGACCAAAAUCUGCAAACGACGAGCACCCACGUCACUUUUGUAUGGGAGUCCUCCUGGGGAAGCAGAUCACCAUCUGUUCCACUUGAUUUUUCGUAAGGUCAAUGAUUACCAUCUUUUGAGAGUAUUGGGUCGGCUUCACUUAGUUCAGACUUCGAUGGAUGACACAUUUCAUGGUAAGAAGUAAUGGUGUCCUGACAAUCGUGUACUUUUAUCAGUUGGAAAAAACGCGUGAACGUCCACACUUUAUUUUCUUGUUACUUUCACUGAUGUUGCACGAUUCGAAAUUAACGUUGAAACUUUAUUAUUUGCGUGUGCCAACUUCUUUAUUAACUGGCUGCGAUACAAAAGUAGCCUUAGACUCCAGACUGUCUCUUGGAGCGUGAAAACAAACGCUGACCACUGUUAAUAGGACAAUACAAUCAGGAAAUGGAAGAAACCUACUAAUUGAAAUUUCAUUAACAAAGUCUUCAAAUAUGGGCUCGCCGUUCACAGUCCAGUACUAUCGCCCCACGUUAGCGAAUACAAGACAGUCGUGGAUUCUGGAUCCCAUUCCAUGGAUUCAGGAUUCCGGGUGCUGGAUUCCAGUCUUUUCCGGUGGAAUUUCAUUCCCUAGUAGGGUGCUUGAGCUCUAUUCUGGAUUCCAAAGCCCUGGAUUCCGGAUUUCAUAUCAAAAUUUUCCCGGAUUCCGGAUCCUACAAGCAAAAAUUUUCCAGUUUUCGGAAUCCCGAUACCCUUACGUGGGGCGAAGUACAAGUCAAGCAUUUUCUGACCUGUUCACGCAUAUUUAAUUAAGGAGUGGGAAAUUUACUUUUCUUCUAACAUUCGAUUUUAUAAUAUGAUGGAUCGGAGUAACGUCUGGUCAAUGCAGCUUUCUCAGACUGGACCACAUUUUAAGCUAGAAGAGGUUUGGUUCUGAAAAGGUAUUUUUCCGUCUUGACACAACAGACUUAACACGAAUGUUCGAGGCAGUGGGAAUAUGAAAUGAAGCUUGGAAAGGUAUCUUUUACUUGCUGAACUAAUUUUUGAACAAUAUGUAUCAUUGGCAAAGGGAAAAAGGGAAUUUUAAUAUAGUUUUGGUGGGAAAAUGAGGCAUAUCUUACUUAAAAGUGGCAAGUAUUUGAAUAACUGAGGAUUUUGUUGUGACAGCAGCCGGUAUCGUCACGCAACGCAAAUUGAACAUUUGCCUAGAUUUGAGUUGAAACCUUCAAUUCUGAAUCGCGUUGUGCCACACGUUUUACUGCAUAACUUGACAAAAUAGCUAUUAAUCUUUAACUAAAACAUGUUUUUAGGUCUAGUUUAGGUGCCACUUUUGAGAAUUUUGAGAUGUUUUUGAGGCAUUUUCUCGUGCAGUUUGCUUUCUUAAUUGAAUUAGCGAAAUAAAGACGACCAGUUUUUGCUGAUUACAGAAAGAUAACGGCUAAACGGUAUUGGAACAGUAAGAAGAAGUAAUAAGCUUCCAAAUGAGUGCAAUAGUCUAGGAUUUGAUGACCCGAAGAACUUUAGAACGAUCGUUAAAAAACCUGUAUAACGGAGACUAAAGUUUGCAUAUUUUAGCCGCUAACGGUCGUCCAGCAAUGAAAUGGUGGGAAUGGCAGUAAAAUAAACAAUUUCCUCAUUCUAACUGCAAUUUCGUUAUCAGGAUGGAUAGUAGUGUUGAUGGUAAAAUUAUGAGGCAAAAGUUUUUUCGAGUCCAAAAUCGAGUGGAACGCUUUUAGGGAGACUGCCUCUUAAAUACUGCCCUUGAAUAAAUUUACAACUCUGAAAUUUUUGUCACUCCUUCCUUCUCUGAAUGGGUAGUUUUUCUUGAUAAUUAUGUUUUGCUCUACAAUACAUGUUUAUACAGAUCUCUUCGCAGACAUGGGCAUCAUUGUCAUUCGUCCCCCCUGGCUGAGGUGCGAAUUCCUCCCAGAGCUGCCGCUCGUGCUCAUUUUCUGGUCAUAAACAAAGGUGCUGGACAGCUCUAUCUGAGCUUCGAUACAAGGUAGCUUACAAUCCUAAUACCUUUUUCCUGAAUUGGAAGCAACGUACAGUACAGGAAAGCCGUUGAGGAUGCAUUGCAAUACAUCAAAAUGUAUGCAGCAGGAGUUUGAACCCAAAAUGCCAAGGUAUAUUUUAAAAAUGUCGAGGAACAAGUCAGUCGACGUCAGAGCAAGGUUUGGAACAAUUUACAGUGCUUCUAAAACUAAAAAGUUAAAAUAUAGAAAAUAUAAAGCACGAUAGGCAAUCGGCUUUUGUUUUCAGAAUUAGCAAACACUGAAUUUACUUGUCCCGAAAUUCGAACUGGUGGCUCCUUCUACCUGAUAGUAAUUUGUUUUUGAAAUUCCAAAACAAUUUCACAGCUCGAUUUUGAGCGACUUUUAGUUACGGACUUCUGCAUAUUUAUUAUGUCAAUAAAAGCCGAAACCAGAAAUUUCAGUAAAAAAUAUCUGCAAAAUUUACUAGAAGCGAUUUUCUUUGAACAGUAGGGUCCUUUUAAGCGCUAAUUUCUCAAGAAAUAUGUAUACACAAUCAAUGAAAUCGGAAUAUUUCUUGUUAUCUAUAUCCGAAUGAUAUCUGUUGUUCUUUGCAAAGUUACGCAGCCAUCGCGUUAAAAACGAAAAAGUUAUGAUGGAAAAUUUGUCACACCUAAAUGCUCCAGUAUUAAUGACGGAGCCACCUUAAGUUUGAGUAUUUACCACGUCGGCAAUAACAAAGAUAUUAAUUAGGUUAAGGUGUUUCGAUAUAGUUUUUCGGAGACCAUACCGAUGUUUUUCAAUCGUCUUAGGGCUUGUUUACAUGGAGUGAGGGACCGCGGUCUAGUGGGGUUGGUUUCUUUUGUUUUCACGCUCUGGGGGACACAAAACAAGAGAAACUUACCCCACUAGAUCGGGGUCCCCCACUCCAUGUAAACAGGGUCUUAAAAGUGAUUUUGUCCUUGUCCGAAACUUUUCUCGUGACUAUGAAUUGAAGUUUGUCAAAAUGUAAUUUUACUAAAAUCGGUAUCACUAUGACAACAAUAAACAAAAAACUUUUGAAAUAGAUAAAAUCCGAAUUUUGCACGAUCUAGACCUGCUACGUGUAGCAGCUUUUGAAUUUAGGAAGCAAACUUUUUGGAUGUUUGGCAAUAUCAUUUAGCAACUUUCUGACAUUCCAGGCCAGUAGGCAGCUUUCCAGCAUCUUACUGAGCACAUUUGGGACAGUUCUAGUACGCUCCGACAGAAAGGGCUACUUUCUUCAGGCUUCAGGUAAAUGAAAGCGUAGAGAAUUCACGAGUUGAACGAUAUAAUUUUGAUACUGUCGAAUUACAGAAAAUGUAUGGGGAAAUCAAGGUUUUGUAAAAACUGAUCACAGACUUCUUUGCACUCCAGAUUUAGUGUAUCGUUUCUUUGAACUCGUAAGUCACUCUUUUCAAAGACAACGUGGCAAAUGUAUGAAUUCAGGAAGAAUGGGCCAUUUGCACGGAUGACGUCUUUUUACUUCUAAGACCAGAAUUCAUUUCGUUUUUUUCUUUCACAUUUAAAUUUAUUAAUCCCAGGGAGUUUUAAAUAACAAAAGCCCUGGUUUGCAUAAGAAAGCAAAAACCCUGAAGGAUUCUGGUAGUGGUAGUAAAAUGACGUCAUCGGGCAAAUGGCCUAUUAGCUGGCUUUGAAUUCCAAUACAAAUCUUUGAAUUUCCCGCCAUCUUUCCCCUGAUUACCCAUGAUGCAACAGUAAGCGUGAACUCCACUAUCAUCGUCAAAGGGUUGGGAAGGCUGCUACUUUUUGACUCUUUUUCUUCCUUCCCCCCCCCCUAGCCAGAUGUUAAACAAAACAUAAGCGGUCUGUACGCGUCUGAAUCAGUUUUGAAUCGUUCUGUUAUAUUCCAAGAUAGGUGGGACGGGGAGGGGGAGGGGAGUCAGUUAUUUAGCAAAAGGGAAAACCGUCUUCGAUUUUUUGAACAUAAAACGAACUGCUGUUAACUUAUACAACCUUCCUAACAGCUUUUGUCCGGGACUGUAGUUUGAACAGGUCCAUUUUGUCGUUGAAUCGAUAAGCUUAUAAAUAACUAUUAUAUCUUCUGCAAAGCAAUAUGAAAUCGUCACUAAAACUUCGAUCUUCAUUGUGAACAAAACAGCUUUCGGUGACCGGCAAUUACCGGAACUUCCGAAGAAUGGGCUUCGGACCCAUGCCAGUCCAGGAGGCAGCGACCGAAAUCCAGCCUAAAUCUUCUUUUUCCCUUAACAGGAAAUAAACACCGUUUUCAAAUGGACUUCAACAAUUGGAAUCUCUUCUGGAGUUUCUGCUUUGGGCUAUUGUCCUCUCUAAUCAUCGUUGGAAAUGCUCUAUCCAUAUCAAUACUUUCCAAGAGAAAUCUUCGAAAGCGUUCUCACUUUUUGUUAAUUAGCUUGGCUAUUGCUGACCUCUUGGUUGGACUGAUUUCAGUGCCAUUUUACAUAGCAGUGAAAAACAUACCAUAUCGCAUUGGAAUUCUUACAUUGUCUUAUCGGUGCGUGGAUAUGAUUACGGGCUUAAGCUCGAUCUUCACCCUGGCGGCUAUUUCCCUGGAAAGACUUCACGCUAUUUCUCUCCCUUUUCGCCAUAGACAACUCACCUUACGCAGCUACGCGAUUGCCAUAGCAACGCCAUGGGUCUUCUCACUUAGUGUGACGUCAUUUCAAGUGCUAAAAUUUUUUUUCGUUAUAACCUUAAUGGAGUUCACUUCUGUGAUAAUCAUUAGCUUGUCAACACCUUUAUUGAUAACUUGCGUUUCCUAUUGCCUCAUUUGGAGGAAGCAAGCUUCAAGAAUUCCCAAUGAAGCUCAAGCAAGAAAGGAUGUUCACUUAAAUAAGACGUUGCUAUUGAUAACCACAAUAUUUGUUCUCUCAUGGCUGCCUUUUCAAGUUUUAACAGUUGUAUUUCAUUUCUGCAUCUCGUGUUAUAAUUAUUAUUCAAACAAAACUGCGAUAAUUGUAAAUGUUGUUAAGCUUCUUCAAUAUAGCAAUUCCUUUAUGAAUUUUCUAGUUUAUUGUUUUAGAAUGCCAGAUUACAGAAAAGCGCUUUCACAAAUGUUUUCCAAAUGCAGAUGCAGUCGUUAGAUAGUCGUCGAGUCUUUUAUCCGCUAGUCAGGUCACACCGAAGCACGGAUCUGGUGCUUAACAUUUAUCACACUUAUAAUUACUCUAUUUUCCAGUAAUUUUUAUUUGUAAAAUACUCGCAUUCAAGCCCUAAAUAGUCUUCACAAAGAAAUUAAAUAAAGGGAGUUUUAUAAGAAAAAUAUAUUUCUAGUAGUGUCUCGCCUGGUGUCCAAGUCACUAGUAGUCAGAAGUUAUCUUGCACUGAGGAUAACCUGAUUCCUUUGCUAUUGAAUGUACUACUUCAGUAGUAUAGACAUUGUAAAUUUACUUUUGUGGUGGUUUCAUUGAUUGUCAGCAUGAGAGAAUGAACUUAAGCUUGAUGUCAAAUGUUAACGGAAGAGCAAUUAUGAUGGAUCAAACAUUGCCAUCUGAGUAUGAACUUUCAAUUAUUAAUUUUUGUGUAUGGUUUUAAAUUAAGUAACUUGCUGUAGAAAUUACUAGGUAAAUUCACUGGUAAAAAUCGUAUUAGUCUUUUCUCCUGAUGUCUCAGUUUCUUCUGGAGUCUCACCUAUUUGACAAAGACAUCAGUUUCGUUGUCGAUCUGUGCGCGCAGGCGCCGCAUUUUCCUUUUGAUAGGUGUGACUCUUCGACUAAUAAAAUCCUGAAGUCUAGUGGUAAGAAUUAACCUGUUCCAAGGUUUAGGUGCUGCAACACCAGCAACACUGAAAGGUCUGUCAAUAAACCUGGCUUUUCACCGCGACAUCUGUAGGAUAAAAUCCUUUUGUUACCUCCUAACUUACAUAGUGACAUCUCUUUUCGAUGGUUUUUACAACGUUCUUGAUAUCAAAAGGAUUUUUUCAAAGUAGGAAACAAUUCUUACUACUCUUAGCAUAUCGAUGGAAAAAACGAGGAUCCGUAAUUUACAGUACGGACCGGAAAAACGAGGCUAAUAAGAUGUUUAUUAUAUGGCUUCUUCCUGUUUGGGGGACCGGAAACAAUUUCAGGACGCACGAUUUGACAGUCAUUUGACAGGUGUCAAAAAAGAAAGUUUUAAUUGGCGCACGAAAACAAUAGCACAUAACAAAGGCUUUCAGAGAAAGUAAAAACAAAUUCGCCAUGUUAAAAAAGUUUAUUCGGUCAAAACUAAGAGCACUGUAAGUUUUAGCUCUUUAAUGUAACGCUGGAGUAUUUUAGAAACCGGACACUGCCUGUCUAGAAGUGUUUUCCAUCUUUCCUCCAUUUGUCCUUGUGAAAAAACACUGCAAAAGGCAAAGAAGCUUUUCAAGGUAAGUUUGUUGUCAUUGUCGAAGGAUUUGCUCGUUAAUUGUUUUUGGGAAAACCUCUCUUUCUGCCACUUCAUUCUCGUCUUCAGUUGUGAUCUGCGUUCAAAUUUUCAAACACUGACUAGAAUUCUCUUCCUCUGUAAGGUUACGCUUCAGUUUCUACAACAGCUUCGUUCUAAUUAAAACAAAUCUAGGUUAAAAUUGGGAAAGGCAAAGUCAACAUCCCAGUCCACAGGGUUUACAUACAUAUUUCAAAGUUUAUUCGCUGGAAACUAAGAGCACUGUAAGUAUUCACUCGUUAAUGUGACACUGGAGUCUUUUGAAAACUGGAAAUUAUUGUGUCUGGCUCGAACUCGCUUCUAUCUUUCUUUCGUUGGUCUUUGAAAAAACACUGCAAAUGGCAAAGAAGCUUGUCAAGAUGAUCGGGUGCAGGUAUGUUUGUUAUUUGUUGAAGGAAUUACUCAUUUUCUCUUAGGCAAACUAUCUCGAAUCUCUGCCAGUCGAUUUUCGUCAGGUUAACUGUGUGCUACAAUAAAAUUUUCAAACACUGACUAGAAUCCUCUUCGAUAAGAUUACUAGUUAGAGGCCCUGCCAGGGGGGGCUCCCAUGUCGCUCGUCUGAAUUUUAAAACGUCUCGUGUCGGUGUUUAUUAAUGCUUCACGUCGCUGUCGAAAAUUGAACGAAAAUUCUUUGUCUUUGUCGGAAUUUUAGAAAAGGAGGAUAGCGAUGGGUUUUAAAGAAACCAUUACAGUUGAGCAAUUUCUCAGUUAACCUUUGGCGUAUAGAACAUCUGUACAUCGCCAUUCACAAUUAAGGGUGUGUUCCUUUCGGUGAAUCCAGAAACGGAUUUGGAUCUUAAAACGGAUUUCACGUUCCUUUCGGCAAAUCCAAAUUCGGAUUUUUGAUCUGGUGAAUCCUUUUUGAAAAAGGAUUCACAUUGGACUUGAAAUCCGAAGAAUCCGAAUCCAGAUUAACGGAUUAGUCAUCUACGCUGUUCCAUUCACAGUGGAUUCGAAAUUAGUCAGAUGAUCCAGCUGUACUUCCAGUUGAAGUAUUCCCGUAGAGUUUCCUAAUUGCUGCCAUUUGCCGUAAAACAUCUGAAAACACUAGAAGAUUGUUCAUGGUGGUACAGUAAAAUGUCCAUGUGCUGACCAUUUGUCGCUAAAGAUUGCUUAAAAACACAAAUAAGUAAAAGGGACAAAUAACUGCUAUCUUUCUACAAACUCGCUCUUGGACGCGAUAGGCACUCCAUCGUGUUACAUAGAAAACCGAGCUACGAAACUGGAUCAAACUGAGCCGACAAUUUAACCUUUAGAUAAUUUUCAACUUUAACACGCUACUUUCUUGAUCUGUUUAUGUUCCAUCGUCGUUAUUCGAACUGCCGACCACAAAAUUCUGCACGGUAUAAUCGCAUAAUUUGUCAAACAGUAGAAAACAUGUCAUUUCUUGAGAGGCUCAGGCUGUCAUGCAUAUUGCACGCGUUUGCAAAAGGUUACCAAGGUCACAAAUCCAAUUUACGGAUUUCACGUUCCUUUCGACCGCGAAAUCCGGCAAAUCUCGGAUCAGAAAUCCAUUUUUGGAUUCGCUUAAAGAAACACUGUCAGCACACCCUAAGUGAUCCACGUUCAACAUUUUAAGACUAACUGACCAGAUAAAUCGUACGUGAAGGCCGGUUAACGGUGGUCUACGCUGUGCGGUGCUCAAGUUACCUGGUCCCUGGUCUCUCCACCGUCGUCACCGUCCGACAGAGGUCGACAAGGAUAUGAGAAGUUCAGAAACAAGCAAAGUAUUUACCAUUUUCACAUAGACCAUAAUUCACCUUGUUUACCCCCCAAAACUUUGCAUAACCAUUGUUUUCGAUUUCUCUUGAGACGACUGUAAUACCCUGGAGAAUUUGGAAACAUUGGUUAUGCAAAAUUCUGAGGGGGAAAACAAGGUGCGUCAUGGUCUAUAUGAAAGUAGUGAUUACAAGAGAUGUAAAGCGUGCGUAAAUUAAGCUAUUUGACGGACAACCUAGUCCCAAGGUCUCCCAGGAGUUGUGCGGGGUUGCGUAAAUGAAGACUACGCGACGAGCCAACGCGACGCGCUCAGGAGGGUCUACUGAAACUCCCUGACGAGAGACAACCUCUGAAGCGCAAGGAAAAUUGACGAAAAUUACUUCUUCUUGGCACUCAGACUGGUGAUAAAUUAGCCAAACCACCGUUCUUUGUCGCAUAUUCUCGGCUUUGCCGUCACUGUCGCAAUUUGGCCGAGAGAGGUUGUCGCUUGUCGCCAUUUCAUUUUAGGCUCUGUCGCUACUUUUUGGGUCAUGUCGCUUGUCGGAAUUUACCCUGGCAGGGCCUCUAGUUAGUUUCUUCAUCGCCUUUGUUCACAAAUAAACACAGUAUAAAAUGUUGAAGGCCAAAGUCAACAUCCAAGUCCUCAAGGUUGACAGUCGUCUUAUAACGUUAUUUAAACAUUUUUUCCGAGGUUAAGAGAUUUAGACCUCCGAAAUGAGCAUUUUCUUUAAAAAUUUUGGUCCGUAUAGCAAGUUACGGACCGCAAAUUGACCAAUCGCACGGCGAAAACAGACUCAGCCAUAUAAUAAGUUGAUUUGUGGACUGAAUCGGUGGGACACGUAUUUCUGUUGUUAUACUCUCAUUUGCACGUGCUGUACUCAAAUUGUCUUUUUUACUUCCGUACACUACUGGACGGUUGCUUGGCCUUAUUCUAAUACGUUAAUCGUCAUGAAAAAAAUUAGAUUAGACUGAUGUAUGACUCACUGUGAAGGAAAACUACUUUUACGAUCGGAUUCAUUAAUUCUUGAACGAGCUCCUAAGAGACAGAUCAAUCCUGAUCUAAUCGUGUCAGAUGUUGGACAAUCGCAACCAGAAUGAAAUGAAUAACAAAAACAUAGAUAAUUUGAGAUUCAUUUAGAAGGAAAGAUAUUCCCUAAGUUUCAGUGAGCACCAGCCUUUUGUUUGAGUUAAGUGAAAGUCUAGGAAUAUAACAACAUUUUUUUUCCCGUAGCUGCCACCAGCAGCCCAUAAGCUUACGGUAGCAGGAAAUAAAACUUGCUUACCAUGACUAUGUUGAGUUUCCGCUAUUUUUUAUUAAUAUACUGGGCUUUAUGUUAAGCAACUAGAUUGUUUCUUCAAACCAGACAGCCAUGCUAGUUAGUGAUAUGACUGCUAUAAUGAUUAGUUUACUUAAGAUUAUUAUUGGUUGUUUGAGAGGAGUUUGCAGGUGUUGCCCACGACUUCCCGUUCAGUUUAUUGCUAACAACCAUCACAAUUAAACACGCACGCAGUUUGAGCGUCUGACAAAUGUUAUUACUUUCCACAGCUAUCACUACUCCAGUGCUUUUUUCUCUUAGGAUUUCGUUUAGGAUUACGAAGGAGCACGGAAACUUGGUGAGACAACGUCUGUAAUUUUCAUUUCUCUCAGAAAACUGUCUUCCUCACGUCUUUUUUGUGCUAUUUAAUUGAAAAUGGCACAAUUUGCUUUUAUAAACGGCUUCAUAAAAGUAGAGCGCUUAUAUUUGCUUGAUUUUUAAACCGUUUCAAUUUUACAAACAUAUAUCUAGCUGGACUUUCAUAGAAAACGCGACUAUUCAAAGGUCCUUGUUGCUCACCAUUUUUUUUUUUCUUUCAAAAACGAAAAGUGCGUCAGUUACAUUUUUCUUUCCUUUUCCUCCUAAUCCUUUCUCCUCGCUCUCUCUCGCUGUACAAGCUAUAUAAACCUUAGACAUGAGCCGACACCAAGGGCCCGUUUCUCAAACUUAAAGUCUCACAGCUUUUCAGCUUGGGUCCUAGUUCAGUGAAAAACCAAAUCAAACAAAAGAAGCAAACAAACCAAAAACCUAAAAAAGCAGUCCAUUUUGUUUUGUAACCGAUGGGUAUGUUAUCGGUGACCGGUAAUUGCCGAAACUGCCGAGGAAAGGACCCCGGGAUGGGAGCAACGGAAAUUGAGCCCACAUAUUUUUAUUCCUUUUACAGUUAAUAGGCGCUGUUUUCGCCAAAUGGACUUCAACAAGUGGAACGUCUUCUGGAGUUUGUGCUUUGGGCUGUUGUCCUUUCUAAUCAUCGCUGGAAAUGCUAUAUCCAUAUCAAUACUUUUCAAGAGAAGGCUACGAAAGCGUCCUCAUUUCUUGUUAAUAAGUUUGGCUUUCGCUGAUCUCUUGGUUGGAUUAAUUCCAGUGCCACUUUACAUCAUAAGCCAAGCAGACAUACCACAUUUUAGUUUAACUACUUAUGUGUUUUUUUUAUUUGUGGAUAUGUUUGCGGGCUUAAGCUCGAUCUUCACCCUGACGGCUAUUUCCCUGGAAAGACUCCACGCUAUUUCUCGCCCUCUUCGCCAUCGACAACUCACCUCACGUAGCUAUGCAAUUGCCAUAGCAACCCCAUGGAUCUUCUCCCUUAUUGUGUCGUUAUCUUAUUUGCUCUCAGUUUUUUCUGUUAUAACCUACCUUCAAUUCUUUUCGGGGACAACUAUUAGUUUGUCAACAUCUUUGUUGGUAACGUGCAUUUCCUAUUUCAUCAUUUGGAGGAAGCAAGCUUCUAGAAUUCCCAAUGAAGCUCAAGCAAGAAAGAAUAUUCACUUAAAUAAGACGCUGCUAUUGAUAACCGCAAUAUUUUUUCUUUCUUGGCUGCCUUUCUACAUUUUAAAUAUUGUAAUCAGUUUCUGUAUUUCUUGUGAAAUCUUUUUUGUUAAAGUAUAUGUCUUGAAGUUCCUUCAGUAUAGCAAUUCCUUUAUGAAUUUUCUAGUUUAUUGUUUUAGAAUGCCAGAUUACAGAAAAGCGCUUCCAAGAAUGUUUCAUAAAUGUAUAUGCAUUCGUUGAAGAGUCGUCCAGUCUCUUAUCCGCUGGUCGAGAGUGCAGCAGGUGCCUUGAUAUUCAAGCAAUUUGUAUUUGUAAAAUAAGAUACGUAUGUUUUAAGCACUUAGUCGUGACAAAGUUAGGAAAAGAUAUUUCCAGUAUUAUCCAACAACUAGUUUGUCUGGCAUUAAAAUAAAAGUGCAGCUUGCACUGAGGAGAAUCUGUAUUUCCCUUGCUAUUGAGUCUAGUUUACAAGUCAGAUAGACAUUGGAAAUUUACAGUCAAUUUUAUCGCGGUUUCAUUGAUUGUCAGCGUGAGAGAAUGAACUUGCGCUUUAAUGUCAUAUGUUGACGAAAUAACGUUAAUGAUCAAGCAUUGCCAUCUGAAUAUGAACUUUCAGUUAUUAUUCUUUGUGUAUGGUGUUUUAAAUUACGUUAAUUGUCAAAUUAAGUAGUUUAUUCUAGAAAUUUCUAGGUAAAUUCACAGGUAAAAAUCGUAUCACUAUGGUCUUUCCUACUCAUGUCUCCUUCUGCUGGAGUCUGACCUUUUUGACAAAGACAUCAGUUUCGUUGAAGAUCUGUACACGCGUUGAUCAUGCAUGCUGUUUCACAUCGACGUUUUACACUCUUUAAUUUUUUAUUUGUUGGCUUUUUAAUAAAUCGCUGUUGAUCAAAAGUUGUUGUCAGUACAGUCGAACCUACAUGUGCGACCACCUCCCAUAUGCGACCACCUGUAUCCGGCAAAACACAGGCACUUUCCCAGUCAAAUCCGUACAAUUAGAACCUCUCGUAAACGAAAAGCGACUGCGAUCACUUUUUGGCCUUAAAGCUAUAUUUCUUUCAAUUGUUUUCAACAUCUUGUAGGCAACCACUGCACUUGGCGCAUGUUAAGUUAGCUGACGAAAGUCCUACACUACUCACAGUAUGCGAAGGCCUUUUAGUGAGAACAGGAAACUAUGGCACAUAUUGUAACUCAAAACUCUUUGGGAAAGAGACACACGGCGGAUCAAUUCUACUAAGCGACGACUCUAUCUGACUUUGGGUGGUCGCGUACGGGAGAUUCGACUGUGUUGCAUAUACAGUCAGGGGCACCCAACGACCGUUUUCUGGGAAAUGAUCUGAAAUGGCUCGUUAUGCAUCCUGGAGUGCUUUAAAAGCAAUAUAAAUCAAUAAUUCGCAUCGCUAAAAAAAUUUGAUCUGUUCGGUCGUCCUAGGAGUGGUUUGAACCUCUCGAAUUUUUUAGGGCUGUUUUUCGCCUUUCCCGAAAAUAACAGCCUACAGUGAAAGCUUUCCGAAAACGUAAGAUUACCAGACGAGCUUUUCCCUUAGCCGAAAUUUUUAGGGGUCCUUUCAAUUUUGUUCCGAAAACUCUAUCUCUUGUGGGAAUGUCUUCGAAUUUUCUAGGGCGACGUAGAAUGUAUAGAAAAUUCUAGGUGUAAUAAUAAGAAUAAUUAUAAUAAAAAAAUAAGAAGAACAAAAAUAAGAACAAUAGAAAAGGCAUUUAAGUGAUUUUAAUGCCAGUUUCAAACGUCUUGUACCCUGCCGAACUCAAUUCGCACGGCACUUACUGAAAAAUCUGAAAUACGGCAUGGCACUGACUGAUUAGCCCGGUUUUUUGCUAUUCUUAGUUUACGAAAGCUACGAAAUUUCUAGAUGCCGAAAUCAGAAUCUAGAGAUUACUACAAAGAUCCGAAAUUCAUAGGUGAACAAACCACACAAAUCCCGAAACUCUGAGCCCAACAACCAGUCACCACGAAACAUUUUCGAAAUUUUUAGCUGUUCUUGGGCUCUCGAAAAUUUUAGCCAUUCUAGAGGGCUCCGAACAGAUAUUUCCCAGAAAACGGUCGUUGGGUGCCCCUGUAUACAGUCGACUCCCGAUAACUCGAACCCCCGCUAACUCGAACCAAAAUCGAUUUCCCCUGGAUUUCCGUCAUACUUUCACUGUAAUUUUACCCUCGGUAACUCGAACCCUCGAUAACUCGAACUCCCGCUAACUCGAACCAAUUUUCGUUUUCCCUCAGGUCAUUUUCUAUAUAAUUUUACCCUCGAUAACUCGAAUCAUGUUUUGAGCCCUUCAAAAGUCGGGAAAAAAGCCAUCUACGGGCGUCCGAAACAUUUAAUUUUGGAUUUCCUAGUAUAGUUUAAGUUGAGGCUGAUGUUGAUUGUCACAGGCUAACGUGAAGCACCUUUUCUUCUCAAAACAGUAAAACGCAUGCUCUAUUUAGGCCAUGUUUUGUUACAUUACGUUCUGUUUUAUAAUCUAGAAGUAUCUUUUAGAUGCAGUCGUUAAAUAGUCGUCGAGUCUUUUAUCCGCUAGUCAGGCCACACUGAAGCACGGAUCUGGUGCUUAGUAUUUAUCUCACUUAUAAUUACUCCGUUUUCAAGAAAUUCGUAUUUGCAAAAUACACGCAUGCAAGUCCUAAAUAGUCUUUACAAAGAAAUAAAGGAGUUUUAUCAGGAAAAGAUAUUUCCGUAGUGUCUCGCCUGGUGUCCAAGUCACUAGUAGUCAGAAGUUAGCUUGCACUGACGAUAACCUGAUUCCUUUGCUAUUGAAUGUACUACUUCACUAGUAUAGACAUUGUAAAUUUACUUUUGUGGUGGUUUCAUUGAUUGUCAGCAUGAGAGAAUGAACUUCAGGAACUUGGGCUUGAUGUCAAAUGUUAACGGAAGAGCAAAUAUGAUGAAUCAAACAUGGCCAUCUGAGUAUGAACUUUCAAUUAUUAAUCUUUGUGUAUGGUUUUAUUUCCCAAAUUAAGUAAUUUACUGUAGAAAUUACUAGGUAAAUUCACAGGUAAAAAUCGUAUUAGUCUUUUCUCCUGACGUCUCUUUCUACUGGAGUCGGACCUUUUUGACAAAGACAUCAGUUUCGUUGUCGAUCUGUACGCGAGGGUGCCGCAUUUUCCUUUUGAUAGGUGUAACUCUUCGUCUAAUAAAAUCCUCAAGUCUAGUGGUAAGGAUUAACCUGUUCCAAGGUUUAGGUGCUGCAACACUGAAAGGUCUGUCAAUAAACCUGGCUUUUCACCGCGACAUCGGUAGAAUAAAAAUCCUUUUGUUACCUCCUAACUUACAUAGUGACAUCUUUUUUCGAUGGUUUUCGAAACGUUCUUGUUAUCAAAAGGAUUUUUUCAAAGUAGGAAACAAUUCUUACAACUCUUAGCUUAGGUUGAUUUAUGAACUGAACACUGAGGCGGGACACGUAUUUCUGUUGUUAUACACUCGCUUGUAUGUGCUGUAGUCAAACUGUCUUUUUUACUUCCGUACACUACUGAACGGUUGCUUGGCCUUAUUCUAAUACGUUAAUCGUCAUGAAAAAAAUUAGAUUAGACUGAUGUAUGACUGACUGUGAAGGAAAACUACUUUUACUAUCGGAUUCAUAAAUUCCUGAACGAGCUCCUAAGCAUGAGACAGAUCAAUCCUGAUCUAAUCGUGUCAGAUGUUGGACAAUCGCAACCAGAAUGAAAUGAAUAACAAAAUAUAGAUGAUUUGAGAUUCAUUUAGAAGGAAAGAUAUUCCCUAAGUUUCAGUGAGCACCAGCCUUUUGUUCGAGUUAAUUGAAAGACUAGGAAUAUAACAACAUUUUUUUCCCGUACCUGCCACCAGGAGCCCAUAAGCUUAUGGUGUCCUGCUGCCAAAUUAUCAAAUUGAAACGAUAAAUACGUUUAUACACUCCCGUAGUUCCCCCGAAAACUAUCUGAUUCCAGACCCAAAUGGGCAAAGUCUAUACCCCUUUUCAGACCAAAACAAGGCAAAGCCUCUACCCUUUGGGGUGCUACAUACAUAUGUGGCUUAUAUAAGGGAGUACACCCUGGGGGGAAGUAAUGGAAUGCUGACGGAGAAGGUCGGAGAACGUUCGGCUUAACAGGUCAGUGGUGAUGACGUGUCACAUAUGACGUCAUACUACAUAGGCUGAGAAAUGUUCUACUUUUAUUGAUAUCAUGCAUGCUGUUUCACGUCGACCGUCCUUUUACACUCAUAACAUUUUUGGUUUUACUUUAAAAAAUCGCUGUUGACUGUUGUCAGUAAAGUCGAACCUCCCUGCGCGACCACCUCCCAUAAUUUUAAUUUAUUAGCUUUGCCCUGAUGAAUACCAAAAAACUGAAGAUAUGCAAAUACUAGUAAUAAGAACGUAACAGUACAUUAAUAAAAACUUGAAUAAUUUAGGCAGGGACACCGCAACAGCUAAAGCCAAUUACUGCUGACCCCAGGCGACCAAGCGACCACCAGGAUCCGGCAAAACACAAAAAAAAUCCCCAGUCAAAUCCCUAUAUAAGGGACUGUGCAAUAAUUAUCAGGGGGGACUGAAAAACUAGAGUUAUCUAGCAAAAACUUAGACAGUACCCCCCUCCAAAACAAAAAAAAUUAGUUCUAACCUCCCCCCUCUGUUAUGUUAAAAAUAACGUCGCGCCCCCCCUCCCACCACCCACCGACCCACACACACACCCACCCCUCACUGCCACCAUUGCCAUAGAUGCCUUUAACUAAAUACCUUUUAUAUUGUAUCGAGAAGGAUGUUGAUCACUUGAUUGAAGAUCACAAAGAGAGCAUAAAGCAUUUACUAAGUACCGGGGUGCUUACCACAUUGGUUUAAAAUCUAAAACUUCUGAAGCCAGAAAGAGAAAGGAGCAGAGAAAAAAAAUCAAAGAACAGGAGAUUGAACGCUUCAAAUAACAGACGAAAAAGAGCUUGCAUUGUAUUUAGAUACUUGGGAGGAGAGCCUGCUGAACUUUGUUAUGAGCCAGAUAUAUAUGGAAUUCAGCAAAUCGAUUCAGUCGAUGAAGAAACAUUACUUUUAUUCACAUCAAAAACCGACAAAGCUUGUCUACGAGAUCUGUUUGAUUCCCAUUGUUUUGUGGGGGAAGCUGAGAAACAAGUUCAUGAUUUUUGCUUUACAUAGGAUCAGCUCAAUUAAUUAGAAGACGGGUUAAAAUUGAUCAGUUGUGAAUUUGCUUUUCAUUUUGAUGGAAUAUUUUCAAUAAUAGUUUAACAGCUGUUCGUAUUGAUAUUUGUUACAGUCUAUCAUGAUGCCUGUAUUGAGAAUCUUUUACUGCGUUUAAUUUUAUUUACAUUGCGAAUAAAACUUAAGGCCCCCCCUCCGUCAAAUGAGUGAUUUUACUUUGAGCCCCCCCUAUCUUGGCAGCAAUUUUAUGUAAUGCCCCCCCUCUAGUUUUUCAGCCCCCCCUUCCUGAUAAUUAUUGCACAGUCCCUAAUCAGAAUCUCUCGUAAACGUUUUUAACCUCUUGUAAGCGCCACUUGAGGCAUGGCCAUGGUUUGAUCACUAUAUAUUCGCUUAGUGUCCUAUACUACUCACAGUAUGCAAAGACCUUUAGUGUGUCUCAGUCACCUUGGAAACGGGCCCCACCUUGCGACGGCUUCUUUAUUACAAAGUGUGACACAGUUAUUACAAAUUGCGACAGUUCGAACUAAAGGUAAAAAGGCAUUAAAAAUCUGGAUAUGAGGAUCUAGUAAUAAUCAUCUCUUUACUAAGCUACUAGCCAAACAUGGUAAACCCAACCUACCUCCCUUUGAUACAACAGACGGAUACAGAACAUGUUUUAAACUGUCUUGGGAUCAUUCCAUUUUUCGUGCUCUCCAUUUUCCCACUCCCCUAAAAAGGAGAACAAUGUCAGUAAGGUUUGAAUAAACCCUUUUGGAACUUUGAAUCUAGGUCAGUUGAAAGUACUAUUUUAGCGCAGUUGAACUUCCAUGCCCCUAACUCGGGGCACCGGCAGGUGGCCGCUCAACGAUUGGCUUAAUCUCAACCCUCGGACUUACGAGGGGGGGGGUAUGCUUGAUAAAAUCCAAGAUGGAGACCAUGUUUGGUGACGUCACAGCCUCUAGCAGCACCACCACCCAUAAAAUAUACCCCAUCUUGUAGAGAAGAUCAAAGGCUUUCCACUGAAGGCAAAAUCGUUUUGAAAUAUUGCAACGUACCAAAAACCUAAGGAGGGUUCGAUCAUCCCCCCCCCCCCCCCCUUCCUUGUACCACGGUGAGGGUAUGACUUUGCGUUUACGUCCGAGGGUUAAUUAGCAGAAACAUCAUUAAAAAAACAAACAAACAAACAGGCCACGGGAGCCGCAUUACUGAUCAUUACCCAAUCGGUAUCAUUACUGUAUUUUCCUUCGCCAUCAGUUUUGAGAAUGUAUCAAGCGGGUUGAUAGCCGUUACUGACAGAGGUUAAGGUGGCUCGAUACAGUUUUUCAGGGUCAAUACCUCCCAAGUUUGAGCAUAAACUACGUCGCCAUGAACAAAGAUUGUGAAAAAUUGCCACCACAGUUGUAUCAGAUAAAGAUGAAAAUUUGUUAUGAUUAAGGUUGCAAUGACAUCGGAGUUGUCGUAGCAACGAAAUGACGCUAUUACCUAUUUUUCUCGGCACUGGGAACUGUUCUUCCAAAAUCGUUUACGGGAGCUUUUUCUUCCAAUAGAGGCCUCGAUGUUCGUGAAGUUUAAGCGAAAUUUGUGAUGAAGUUUUUAUGGUUAGAAAUACGCUAAAAGAAUGGACAAUCUUGAUGUUUGGCUGUUAUCUGUAGCAAACGAAGCGCUUUCGAGAUGCAAUUUCACCUCAUAGUAGUUUCAAUCUUUUUAAAAAGGUGUGUGAAAGAUCAUGGAGAUAGCAGGCUCCAGCCGAUUGCUAGAAAGAAGGAUUUGAUUAGUAUGUAUCGAGGCGCUCUUGUUAGUGGUUUGUAAACAUUUUGGUCUGCUUUAACAAAUUAACGAAUAUUUUUUAAAACUAAAAGGUCAUAUAAAGGGAAGGUUAAUCUCAAGAAUCUUUAAUUUCUAAAGAAAUCCAUCGGGCGGUUUAAAAAUUAUUCGCUAAUUUGUUAAAGAAGAUUAAAAUGUUUACAAAACCGCUAACAAGAGCGCUUCGAUACAUACUAGUCAAACCCUUCUUUCUAGCAGUCGGCUGGAGCUAUCUCCAUGAUCGUUCACGCACGUUUUUAAAAAGAUUGAAACUACUAUGAGGUGGAAUUGCAUGCCAUAAGCGCUUCGGUUUCUACAGAUAACUAUCAAACAUCAAGAUUGUUCAUUUUUACCGUGUUUCUAACCAUAAAAAAUUUAUCCCAAAAUACCUCGAUAUUCGCUUAAACGUUACGAACAUCGAGGCCGUUAUUGGAGGAAAAAGCUCCCGUGAACGAUUUUUAAGAACAGUUCUCAGUGCCGAGAAAUACUGCUGCAAGCAAAAUAGCUAAUAGCGUCAUUUCGUUGCUAUGACAACUCCGAUGUCGUUGCAGCCCUGAUCAUAACAAAUUUUCACCUUUAUCUAAUACAACUGCGGUGGCAAUUUUUCACAAUCUUUGUUUAUGGCAACGUAGUUAAUUUAUGCUCAAACUUGAGAGGUAUUGACCCUGAAAAACUGUAUCGAGCCACCUUAAUUUACAUUUUUUAUUCUACCGUAAUUAUUUCGGAAUCGUAAUAACUGGCCGCUCAAUAUAGGAAAGCGGCAUCAUAGGUGGCCGCCUAAUGGAGGUUCAUGUAUUUUAUACCAACUCUUUGUGUUUAGUCUAACAGAGCGACAUUGGCGUAGAGUACAGUAGCCUAGUUAUGUCCGGCAAAUCAGUGAAACGAAAGUGGGGCGAAAACGGUGGCAGGAAAUAAAACUUGUUUACCAUGAUCAUAGUUAAUUGAGUGGAAUGGUUAUGAAACCCGUCAGACUCCUUUGUUCUAUGUUUUUGUGGACCUGAAAGUGCACAACAUUCAAAAGAAUUCCUAUCAUUUUGAUUGUAUUGACCAAUAAAAACGUUGCAUUAAUUUAUUCCGUAACAAUUUGCCAACAGAAAACAAAGUAUUGUGCACUUUCACGGUACUUCCAACAUAAACUGCAGCACUGUUGUUUUUAUCAUUGAUGUUUGCCGCUUUUCAUAACCAGUCUCCUCUAAUAACUAUGCCAUGAUUAUGUUGAGUUUCUGCUAUUUUUUAUUGUCACAUAGAGCUUUAUGUUAAACAACGAAAAAUUGUUUUUUCAAAAUCAGACAGCCAUGCUAGUUAGUGAUAUGACCGCUGUAAUGACUAGUUUAUUUAGGAUUGUUAUUGGUUGUUUGAGAGGAGUUUGCAGGUGUUGCCAACGACUUCCCGUUCAGGUUAUUGCUAACAACCAUCACAAAACACGUACGCAGUUUGAGCGCGGUCUGACAAAUGUUAUUACUUUCCACAGCUAUCACUACUGCUGUACUAUUUUCUCUUAGGAUUUCGUUUAGGAUUACGAAGGACCACGGAAACUUGGUAAGACCACAUCUAUAAUUUUCCUUUCUCUUAGAAAAGUCUCUUCCUUACUUUCUUGUUGUGCUAUUUAAAAAUGGCACAAUUUGCUUUUAUAAAGGGCUUCAUAAAAGUAGCGCUUAUAUUUACUUGAUUUUUAAACCGUUUCGAUUUUACAAACAUAUAUCUAGCUAGACUUUCAUAGAAAAUGCGACUACCCUAAAGACCUUGUUGUUCAUCAAGUUUAUUUUGUUUUCUUUGAAAAACGAAAAAUGCAUUAGUUGCAUUUUUCGUUCCUUUCUCCCCGCUCUCUCUCGCUGUACAAGCUAAGACAUUAGCCGACACCAGGGGCCCGUUUCCCAAACUUAAAGUCCCGCAGCUUUUCAGGCCCGAGCCAAAUAUUAAAAAUAAAAUUUGAACAAUGAAAGCGUGGUCCUAGUUGAAAAAAAAAAAAACAAAACAAAACAAAACAAAAGAAACAAAGAAAAAAUAAAAAAGCAGUCCAUUUUGUUUGGUGACCGAUGGGUAUGUUAUCGGUGACCGGUAAUUGCCGGAAAUUCCGAGGAAAGGACCCAGGACCCGAUGGAAGCGACGGAAAUUGAGCCUACAUAUUUUUAUUCCUUUUACAGUGGAUAAGCGUCGUUUUCGCUCUAUGGACAUCAACAAUUGGAACGUCUUCUGGAGUUUGUGCUUUGGGCUGUUGUCCUUUCUAAUCAUCGUUGGAAAUGCUCUAUCCAUAUCGAUACUUUUCAAGAGAAGGCUACGAAAGCGUCCUCAUUUCUUCUUAAUUAGCUUGGCUUUCGCUGAUCUCUUGGUUGGAUUAAUCCCAGUGCCACUUUACAUUAUCAUUCAAUACUCACGAUAUCGAAUUUUUGGUUUGGUUUAUAUUCGCGUGGAUAUGUUUGCAGGCUUAAGCUCGGUCUUCACCCUGGCGGCUAUUUCCCUUGAAAGACUACACGCAAUUGCUCGCCCUCUUCGCCAUCGACAACUCACCUUACGCAGCUAUGCGAUUGCCAUAGCAACCCCAUGGAUCUUCUCCCUUACUGUGACUUUAGUUCCCGUUUUUCCUUUUAUAACCUCUAUUCAGGCCAGUUCUGUGAUAAUUAUUAGCUUGUCAACACCUUUGUUGAUAACUUGCAUUUCCUAUUGUAUCAUUUGGAGGAAGCAAUCUUCUAGAAUUCCCAAUGACACUCAAGCAAGAAAGAAUGUUCACUUAAAUAGGACGCUGCUAUUGAUAACCGCAAUAUUUGUUCUGUCAUGGUUGCCUUUUCAAGUUUUAGUAGCUGUUUUAAAUUUCUGCAUCUCGUGUCAACGUUUAAACAAAACUCUGAUAAUUUUACUUUAUGUUAUUAUGCUUCUCCACUAUAGCAAUUCCUUUAUGAAUUUUCUAGUUUAUUGUUUUAGAAUGUCAGAUUACAGAAAAGCGCUUUCACGAAUGUUUCCCAAAUGCAGAUGCAGCCGUUAAAGGGUCGUCGAGUCUUUUAUCCGCUGGUCCACACUAAAGAAGGUCCCGUGCUUAAUAUCUAUCUCAUUUACUCUAUUAUCAAGCAAUUUUUAUUAUUUUUAUUUUUAUUAUUUUUAAUUUCAAGCAAUUUUUAUUAUAGACGCAUGCAGGCAGUAAGUAUUGACAAAGAAAUAAAAGUGAGUUUUAGGAAAAGAUAUUUCCAGUAGUGUCCAACAAGUAACCAGUGUCUUGCAUUAAAAUAAAACUCAGUUUGCACUCAGUAGAACCCAUGUAUUUCCCUUGCUAUUGAUUGUAGUUUACAAGUAAAGACAUUGUAAAUUUACAGUUUUAUCGUGUGGUUUCAUUGAUUGUUAGAGCUUGUUAGCAUGAAAGAAUGAACUUGGGCUCGAUGUCAAAUGUUAACUGAAUAACAAUACCAUAUCAAACAUUGCCAUCUGAGUAUGAACUUUUAAUCAUUAUGCUUUGUGUAUGGGUUUUUAAAUUACGUUUCUCAAAUUAAGUAAUUUUAUUCUAGAAAUUUCUAGGUAAAUUGACAGGUAAAAAUCGUAUUAGUCUUUUCUUCUCAUGUUUCUUUCUGCUGGAGUCUCACCUUUUUGACAAAGACAUCAGUUUCGUUGACGUUUGGAUCUGUAGACACAGUGACGCGUUUUCCUUUUGAUAGGUGUGACUCCUCGACUAAUGAAAUCCCAUCUAGCGGUAAGAAUUAACAUGUUCCAAGGUGUAGGUGCCGCAACACUGCAUAAAAGGUGUGUCAAUAUACCUUGCUUUUUACCGCGACAUUGGUAGGAUAAAAUCCUUUUGUUAUUUCCUAACUGACAUAGUGACAUCUCUUUCCGAUGGUUUUCGCAACGUUCUUGUUAUCAAAAGGAUUAUUUCAAAGUAAACAAUUGUUGCUUCUCUUAGCGUAGGCUACUUGGGGGUGGACCAUUUGAUUUUUGAUGGGGGGUUUGCAGGAUUUUUAGACUGCUAGAUAUUUUUUUUUAUUGCUCCAGCCCUGCAGGAUUUUUUUUUUUAAUCUCCCUGUCCUUGCAUGAUAUUUUUUUUAAUGGAAAUUUAAAACACAAAUUUUGAAGUUUAAUAACUUGACCAUCACCAGCCACUCAAAAUUCACCCUUUAGGCUAUUAAAAACCACCUUUACACGCAAUGCAUUUUUAAGUUUACAUCUUUCUUUCAAAGUAAUAAAGAGUUUCAUCUUUAUUCAGUGUACAAAGAAAUGCAUCUCCACUAACCUGCGGCUAGUUGAUUUCCCUGUCAGGCUAGUGGAUGUCAUACAUGCCUUCUCGACUCAAACAAAACUUUAUAUUGGUCUGUUGCAUUUUUAUAGGAGCUGUGACUAUUGCAUAAAAUAUUUUACAAUAAGCAGUCUUUAGAAAAUAGCAUUCUCAAAUAGACCUAUCUUAUGGACUGUUGCAUUUUUAUUUUUACUGUUGCAUAAAAUAUUUAUAGAGAAAAAUUUCAAUUGUUAUUUAUUGAUCAAAUGAUUUUUAUUACAAAUCACAAUUUGCAAUAUUUUAAAUAUUUAUAGAGAGAAUUUUUCUCUCCAAAAGCUGCGAUUAUUUUGGUCAGCACCGAGUAUCGAGACCUGGCUGCUCUGCAAAGCCACUACCGGAAGUCCACAUUUAAUGCACUAGCUCUUCAAAUCUGACAAAUCUGAUUGCCUGAAAACUGCAGAAUGAGUGCUCUGCACAUGCUCAAAAAUUGGGACCAGCGAGGGGUAUCAAUUCCAGGUGCUGACCAAAAGGAUUGCACCCUCUGGAGAUGAGAAUGUUGCAAAUAGCUAUUAAAGCUUUGCACCUUACAUGUAAAUUUGGCUAGAUAUGCAGAUGUACGUAUACAGGAUGUUGAAGACAACCUUGUUCAUUUAUAAAGAAAAUUUUAAACUGUUAUUAUUCUUAAGGCACAAUUGUUCUUGAUGGAUAAAUAUAGACAAUUUCUGCCAGCAUGUGGCUUAUUAAAGACAUUGUUAAAUAAACAUUUGUCACUACAGUUGUCAAUAGGUGAGAAAAUCAGAUUGGUAGUUGACCCCUUUGAAUCAUCUUUUAUAUAGGUACAUGAUCUAUAAAAUUACAAUAUUUCAAUGCCUAAAGAAUUAAAACAAUUACGUUUUAAUUUAUGUGCUACAGACUGUUUACUAUUGUUUUCUUCCCUUGAAAAUAGGCAAUGAACACAAAAGUAAUAGAACUCUGCAAAAACACGAAUGACCCAGAGGGAAAAAAAUGCUCUUCGAUCUAUUUGAUCGUCUUUUGUCUCGUGCACAAAUCCAGCGCAUCCGUUUCACAUUCUUUGUAUAUUUUGAACCCUGCACCAAUUCAAUGUGGCCUGCCUUUACUCUUGUUUGUCCCAUUUCCUUUUCUAUAAAGUAAAUCUUAUUUUGUUACAAAAAUACCUGCACGUGACAACUGUUAGGGUGGGAAUCGGAAUGCAUGAAUAUCUUUGAACCAUAAUAUCCUUCUAGAUCAGAGGGUUCACUUUAAUAGGAAAUCUAAUUGGUAAAUCAUGCGUCGCGCUUGCAAAAUACUAAUUCACGCAUCAAAAAAUGUGAUGCCCAGUCCUGUAUCAUGUGACUCAGGGCUACUUUUGGGGCCGUCACGCAUCACGCAAAAUCCUUUGCCACUCCCAGGUUCGAUUUUUUUUUCCUUCUUAAGAAUUCUGCGAGAAAUUUUUUUUUAACCAGAAACAUAUGCUCGAUAUUUUUUUUGGGAUUUGCACAACCCCCCCAUCAAAAAUCAAAUGGUCCACCCCUUAUGGACUGAAUAGGCGGGACACGUUUUUCUGUUGUUAUAUACUCACUUGCAAGUGCUGUACACAAAUUGUACAGCCUCUAGCUAACAAUUUUGUAAAAUUAAUAUAACUUAGAAGUAAUUGUAAAUUUUCAAUUUUAAUUGUUAGAAACAAUCUUAAGUUUGUAACUUUAUCUUUGCCUUUUUUACUUCCGUACACUACUGAACGAUUGCUUGGCCUUAUUCUAAUACGUGAAAAAAAAUUAGAUUAGACUGAUGUAUGACUGACUGUGAAGGAAAACUACUUUUACGGUCGGAUUCAUAAAUUUCUGAACGAGCUCCUAAGAGGCAGAUCAAUUCUGGUCUAAUCGUGUCAGAUGUUGGACAAUCGCAACCAGAAUGAAAUGAAUAACAAAAAUAUAGAUGAUUUGAGAUUUAUUUAGAAGGAAAGAUAUUCCCUAAGUUUCAGUCAGCACCAGCCUUUUGUUUGAGUUGAGUGAAAGUCUAGGAAUAUGACAACAUUUUUUUUUCCCGUACCUGGCACCAGGAGCACAUAAGCUUAUGGUGUCCUGUUGCCACCGACUAUCAAAUUGAAACAAUAAAUACGUUUAUACACUCCCGUAGUUCCCCCGAAAACUAUCUGAUUCCAGACCCAAAUUGGCAAAGUCUAUAACCGUUUUCCGGACCAAAACAGCGCCAAAACCUCUACCCUUUGGGGUGGCUUAUAUAAGGGAGUACCCCUGGGGAGAAAUAAUGGAAUGCUAACGGAGAAGGUCGGAGAAGGUUUCAACUUAACAGGUCAGUGGUGAUGACGUGUCACAUAUGACGUCAUACAAGGAUAGGCUGAGAAAUGUUCCACUUUUAUUGAUAUCAUGCAUGCGGUUUCACGUCGACCGUCGUUUUACACUCAUAACAUUUUUGUUUCUGCUUUAAAAAAAUCGCUGUUGAUUGUUGUCAGUAAAGUCGAACCUUCAUGUGCGACCACCUCCCAUAAGCGACCACCAGGAUCAGGCAAAACACAAAACCAUCUUCAGUCAAAUCCCUAUAAUCAGAAUCUCUCGUAAACGUUUUUAAUCUCUUGUAAGCACCACUUGAGGUACGGCCAUAGUUUGAUCACUAUAUUCGCUGAAUGUCCUAUACUACUCACAUUAUGCAAAGACCUUUAGCGUGUCUCAGUCACCUUAAAAUUGGCCUCUAAGCUAAUUUUCUCAAGCUCUUGUGGACAGUUAUUACAAAUUGCGACGGCUUCCUUAUUAAAAAGUACGAAACGGUUAUUACAAAUUGCGACAGUGCGACCUAACGGUAAGUGUUAAAGACAUUAAAAAUUUGGAUAUGAGGAUCUACUAAUUAUCAUCUCUUUACUAAAGCUACUAGCCAAACAUGGUAAACCCAACCUACCUCCUUUCGUCUUUUUGAUACAACAGACGGAUACAGAACAUGUUUUAAACUGUCUUGGGAUCAUUCCAUUUUCGUGGACCCCAUUUUCCCCCUCCCCUAAAAAGGAGAACGAUUUCGAUAAGGUUUGAAUAAACCCGUUUGGAACUUUGAAUUUAGGUCAGUUGAAACCACCAUUUUAGCGCACAGUUGAACCUCCAUGCGGCCACACUCGGGGCACCGGCAAGUGGCUUCUUGAUGGCGGUUUGCCACUCAAAGAGUGGCUUAAUCUUAACCCUUGGACGUACAGGAGGGGGAGGGGAUGGGUGGCUGCCACCCCCCCGUAAGAUUUUUCUGAUUUUUUUCCUAGACGAUAAAAUAUCAGCACCGGCCUAAAGUUUUCUGUAGCUGUUUGUUUAUCCUUCGCGCACAUUUUGAGACAAGUUUAGUGAUGGUCAGUUACUAUGGUUACGAGAUAUGACGUCAUAAGUAGCAAGUGGUCGAGCCAUUUUUGAGUGAAAAUGCAUGUUUUUUCAACUUUUUUCAACAAUAAAAGUAAAACUUGUGGAUGAAAUGAUACAAAGUAAUUAUUAAUGUGUUAUUUUACAUGUUAAAAAUUAUUAAUUCUCACUUUUUUUACCUGACUUCUAAUGCUUGAUAAAAUCCAACAUGGCGACCAUGUUUGGUGACGUCACAGACCUCCAACACCACCACCACCCAUAAAAUAUACCUCCUCUUUUAGAGAAGAUCAAAGGCUUUUCACUGAAGGCAAAACCGUUUCGAAAAAGUACAUAUAGUGCAACAUACCAAAAACCCAAGGGGGGGGGGGUUCCCUCAACCCCCCCCCCCCCCUUGUACUACGAUGGGGGUGUGUUUGUUGCGUGUACGUCCGAGGGUUAAUUAGCAGAAACAUCAUUAAAAAAACAACAAACAAACAAACAGGCGACGGGAGCGGCAUUACUGAUCAUUACACAAUCGGUCAUCAUGACUGUAUUUUCCUUCGCCAUAUUUUGAGAAUGUAUCAAGCGGUUGAUAGCCAUUAAAACAGAGGCUUAUAUAUUAAUUUUCAAUUUUCCAUUCUACCGUCAUUAUUUCGGAAAUUUAAUAAGUGGGCGCUCAAUAAAGGGAGGCAGCAUAAUAGCUGGCCGCUUAAUGGAGGUUCAUGUAUUUUAAAUCAACUCUUUGCGUUUAGUAUAAUAGAGCGACGUUGGCGUAGAGUACAGUAGCCUAGUUAUGUCCGGCAAAUCAGUGAAACGAAAGUGGGGCGAAAACGGUGGCAGGAAAUAAAACUUGCUUACCAUGAUUAUGUUGAGUUUUCGCUAUUUUUUAUUGUCACGUAGGGCUUUAUGUUAAGCAAAUAAAUUGUUUUUUUUUUUAAACCAGACAGCCAUGCGUGUUAAUGAUAUGACCGCUGUAAUGACUAGUUUAGUUAGGAUUAUUAUUGGUUGUUUGAGAGGAGUUUGCAGGUGUCGCCCACGACUUUCCUCUCAGGUUAUUGCUAACAACCAUUACAAAACACGCACGCAGUUUGAGCGCGGUCUGACAAAUGUUAUUACUUUCCACAGCUAUCACUACUGCUGUGCUUUUUUCUCUUAGGAUCGAUUUCGAUUAGGAUUACGAAGGAGCACGGAAACUUGGUGAGACAACGUCUGUAAUUUUCCUUUCUCUUAGAAAACUGUCUUCCUCACGUCUUUUUUGUACUAUUUAAUUAAAAUGGCACAAUUUGCUUUUAUGAACGGCUUUAUGAAAGUAGCGCCUAUAUUUACUUAAUUUUUGAAUCGUUUCAAUUUUACAAACAUAAAUCUAGCUGGACUUUCAUAGAUAACGCGACUACCCAAAACUCGUUGUUGUUCAAGCAAGUGUUGUUUUGUCGUUCAAAAACGAAAAGUGCGUCACUUGCAUUUUUCUUCCUUUCCUCUCCUAAUCCUUUCUCCUCGCUCUCUCUCGCUGUACAUGCAUGCUAUAUAAAGCUAAGACAUGAGCCUACACCAGGGGGCCGUUCCUCAAAUUUAAAGUCCCGCAGCUUUUCAGGCCCGAGCCAAAAUCUGAACAAUGAAAGCGUGGGUCCUAGUUCAAAAACAAAACAAAACAAAAGAAACAAAGAAACAAACAAAAAACACAAAAAAGCAGUCCAUUUUGUUUGGUGACCGAUGGGUAUGUUAUCGGUGACCGGUAAUUGCCGGAACGUCCGAGGAAAGGAAGAAAGGACCCGGGACACGAUGGGAACGACGGAAAUUGAGCCUACAUAUUUUCAUUCCUUUUACAGUUAAAAAUAGGCGCCGUUUUCGCCAAAUGGACUUCAACAAGUGGAACGUCCUCUGGAGUUUGUGCUUUGGGCUGUCGUCCUUUCUAAUCAUCGUUGGAAAUGCUCUGUCCAUAUCAAUACUUUUCAAGAGAAGGCUUCAAAAGCGUCCUCAUUUCUUGUUAAUAAGCUUGGCUUUCGCUGAUCUCUUAGUUGGAUUAAUUGCAGUGCCACUUUACAUCAUGAAACAAGCAGAUAUACCACAUUUUAGUUCAACUACUUAUUCGGUUUUUUUAUGCGUGGAUAUGUUUGCGGGCUUAAGCUCGGUCUUCACCCUGGCGGCUAUUUCCCUGGAAAGACUCCACGCAAUUGUUCGCCCUCUUCGCCAUCGACAACUCACCUUACGCAGCUAUGCGGUAGCCAUAGCAGUCCCAUGGAUCUUCUCCCUUAUUGUGUCGUUAUCUUAUUUGCUCUCAGUUUUUUCCGUUAUAACCUCCCUUCAGUUCAGUUAUGUGAUAAUUAUUAGCUUGUCAACACCUUUGUUGAUAACUUGCAUUUCCUAUUGCAUCAUUUGGAGGAAGCAAUCUUCUAGAAUUCCCAAUGGAGCUCAAGGAAGAAAGAAUGUUCACUUAAAUAAGACACUGCUAUUGAUAACCGCGACAUUUGUUCUCUCUUGGCUGCCUUUCCACGUUUUAAAAAUUGUAAUCAGUUUCUGUGUUUCUUGUGAAAUCGUUCCUGUUAAACUAUAUGUUAUGAAGUUCCUUCACUAUAGCAAUUCCUUUAUGAAUUUUCUAGUUUAUUGUUUUAGAAUGCCAGAUUACAGAAAAGCGCUUUCAAGAAUGCUUCAUAAAUGUAGAUGCAGUCGUUAA